CCUCUACCUUGGCCACACACAUUUUUACUGCACAUCGUACACACCGCUUGCUAUUGAUCCGUCCGCGACAACGACACGGACGACGACGACGACGAUGGAGGAAGGCGACAAGGACGCUGUAGGCUCCACAUCGCAGGAGCCAAUGGGGAGCAUAGGACCGGAAUGUACAGAAUUAAAGGUCGCCUAUGACACAUGUUUUAACGCCUGGUUUGCUGAUAAAUUCCUCAAAGGUCAAAGUAAACCUGGUCUGGAUUCGUGUGACGCCCUGUUAGCUGCGUACACUUCCUGUGUAAAGAAAGCCCUUAAAACGCGGCACGUCGACUUGGAAGAGAUUGCCCAAAGUCAUCUAGGAACUGAUAAGGAGCGCAAGAAACCAACCACAUAGUCAUUCGUAUUAACUAAUAAAUAGUGAAUUUAAUGAAGGUACUCAUUACGAGUUUGGAUCGUAACAUAAGUUUUAAAAAAUGUGAAUUAAAUACUAGGCUUGGAGAUACGCAAGUUCGCAAAAGUAAAUUACGAUGCAAACUCAGAAUGAAUACCUUCAAUAAUAAGAAUGUAAUAAUAAUAACAAUAUGAAAUUAUCAGGAUUUUUAGUAGAACUAUUUUUAUUUCAUUAUUAUCAUCACUAUCAACAUUAUUGUUCUUUCAUUAUACUUUAGAUAUAAUAGAUUAUCACUGUAAUUUGUUUAUAUUUCUUUUAUAAAAUAGAGGCCGUUCAGCUUAAAUCUUGUCAAUAAGUUUCUACUACGACACUGAUAUAAGAAGAAUAAAUAGAUUACAUUCAUCUCGUAUAA